AGGAUCUAUGGUUUGUCUAGACAGUAACAAUAAUAAGAUGGUGAGAGAGAACUUCCCGUCACUGAUGGCAGACUGAUCACAGACAGACCCUUGUACAGGACCUCAUCACCAAGAAUACUUACCAGGCUUAUUGUGGAAGAAUUGGACAGGCAGACAGAGCUUACAGAAAAAUACUUUAGUAAAAUGAAGGACCUGAAAAUCAUGUUAGAAAGAGCAAGGGUGAAGGAACUGGAGUCAGCCGAUCCUGCCAGAUCUCAGACAGAUGGUGUUUGGGACAUUAAUGAGCGUGUCAACAACACAAGGACGCAGUAGUAGCCAAAACUAAAGAUCUAGAAUAUUAAUGUAAACAACAAGAAAAAGAGCUAGACAGAUUAAAAGAUAUACUAUGUAAUAGAGCUCUAUCUCUCUUCAGGAGGAACGAUGGAAUAAGAGAGUGACAGAAGUGUUUCAAGAGUUCCGACGGAGAACUGCGAGGGCUCACCAUACCAUGGAUGAUAAACUGUUAGAUGUAAUUGACACAUAUGAACGACAGUUACAGAAUUUGCAAAAAGAUUUGGAAAUGUAUAGAUCUGUUGGAGAUGUAGACAGAUCAGAAGGUUCUGAAGAAGAUGAGAAUUCCUCUUUCUAUUCCAUACCUAAGGAACAGGAGACUUCCGGCAACUUCAAAUCAUUAAUCAGGGCCUAUGAGAAGCAAAUUAAAGAAUUGAACAAACAAGUAAAGAAACUGGAGAAGGAGAAAGAACUCAUCAAGCUUGAUGUUGGUGCUAGGCCUGAGGUGAAGGAUUACAGAGUAGCUCAAAUAAGAAUGAAGAAAUUGGAGAAGUUACUUGCAUUGCACAAUAUCAGCAUACCUGGAGAAAAGUUAAAGACAGAUCCUUACAGAUUGAAAAGAAAGUUCAGUACAAGGUUGGAAGACCUGGAUUACCUUCCAGUAGAUCUUUGUCAUCAAUAUCUCAAGGUUAAGAAACAGUGUGAGGAAGCAACUAGAGAAAAAGAUACAAUGGUUGUGAAAUUUGCACAGGCAGAACAUAAAAGUCUGGAGUUCCAGAAACAAGCUGAGAGAGCAGAAAACAAACUCAAGGAAAUGGAGAAGGAACGCGAUGCAUUUUUAGUGCGGAUGAGAGCAGUAAAAGAACAGAGGUCCAAGUUAGCUGCUGGGGUUGGAAGAGAUUUACAUACAACACCAGAAUAACAUCUUUGUUAAAAAAAAUGCAGAGAUGUCAAAUAUACAAAGAGAACUGGACAAACAUAAAGAGAUGGUGUCUUCAGCUGAUGUGAGGGUCAAGUGUACUCAGAAUAAACUGAAAGUAGAACUUGAAACACACAAGGAGACAAAGAUUCAGUUAGAGAAGAUGACAGUAAAACUGAAGGAAGCGAAGGAGGAGACACAACAGAUCAGACAGGAUUGUCAGGUCAUCAUCAAAACAUACCAGGAGGAAGACAGGUAAAUGAGAACAUAGCUGUAAUCCCUCGGAUGAUGUUUGAUGUGCAGCAGCAUGGUCUCAAGAUUGUCAACAAGAACAGACCCGUCACCAGCUGUAUAGAGCAAUACAAAGAGAGAAGAUAUAUCAGUGUAUGAACAGCUCAAGAGAAACAGAUAUUUAAGGAGAAAUACCCGCAGCAUCAAAAAACUUUCAAUCUUACUGCUUCAUUUCUUUAGAAAAAGAUUAUGCAGAUUACUGUUCAAGAUCAAAGAAGAAAACUACAGAAAAUAUGUUGAAAAUAAAAAGAACGGUGAGAAAGAAGAGGCAGCAGCAGAAAGCACAGGU